AUGUCAUAUUCAACAGUUGGUGCUGUUUGCCUUGUCUGACUUGUACCUAUUCUACAAUGAUGUCCCUUAUCAUCUCUGUUUUCCUGUUGGCGCAUGGUUUAGUCAGCGUCAAUGGCGCAUGGAAUGCUACAGCGGAUUGUGAUGACGAAUGGCAGUUAGUUUUCCGAGCACAGCAAGGGAAUGGACAGGGUGUAUACAACGAAUGGCGCCGGAGUUCUCCAAGCACCUGCGUGGUCUCGUCAGGAUGUCUACCCGAAAAUGUCGACCUUGCCAUGAUGAAAAUACCAACCAAUAAGCAUCUCAGAAGCCCUAUAAUAGGCAAAUGGUCAUCUUCAAAUAUAAAACAGGUGAAGCUGGAAUUAUUUGACAAUGGUAAAUCAGUGAUGUAUAUGAUCUUUGAUGGAAAGAACACAAACUAUAUGAGCUGGUUUUCUUACUCAAAUUUUCUAGAGAGUAACUAUGAUGAUCUUUACAAUGAUGGCUGCUUCUACAAGUUCCAGUUCGGCAAUUGGUACCAAUACUCCUUCAUGACACAACAAGACGGUCACGCGUGUGAUACCUCGGCACGUGGUUGGUUCUCAGUCACUGAUUCACUAUACAGCAGUUCCUAUAGCUACGCAAGCACCUGUUCCCAAAUGAGAGUUAGCAGUUAUCCUAUCUUCUUGUAUGCUAAGAACAACCACAAAACAAGGUGGUAUAAAAAACAGUAUGGUCAGGCUGAUGUCCUUGCUGUCUAUGUCAAGAGAGCUUAGUCCAGAACCGAUUCAAACCAGUUGAUUUAAUAAAGAUUACUGCAUUCUG